AUGUCUGGACCACAACCAAUACCCAAAAGCUCGAGCGACCCCUUACCACCCCCCACUACUCACAUCACUGCAAACGAUCCAGUCACUCUGAAAUCCACCUUCUACUCGUCCGAACCCUCAUCAUGGGAUAUGGCCAAGCCUGACGCAUUCCAGAUGACCACAGCCUACACGACCAACAACGCUUCUCUCUCUACCUCCGGUCUCGUCGACACGGCCGACCUCGACCUCCACCGUGCCCUUCUCUCCGACCCCACCUCACAAUCACCACCUCUCGGUCUCGUGGACCCGCUCGGCUCGGUCUGUCGUAUCGUCGACACCGCGCCUGGGUAUAUCACUCCGAUGCAUAGGACAAUGAGCGUGGACUACGGAGUCGUGAUCGUAGGUGAGAUGGAACUGCAGUUGGAUAGCGGGGAGAAGAGGGUCUUAAAGGCGGGAGAUGUGGUCGUUCAGAGAGGGACGAUGCAUGCGUGGAGGAAUCCGGAUGAUAAGAAGUGGUCAAGGAUGAUGUUUGUGAUGAUCGGACUUGGAGAUGGAGGUGCGGUCAAUGUGGGUGGCAGGAUGUUGAUGGAGGAAUUCGUGGAAGACGCUGGUGAUCACAGUGGCGGUGGCGCAGCAUCAUCAAAAUGA